AUGUCGCACCGCAAGUACGAGGCACCCAGACACGGCUCUUUGGCCUACCUGCCGCGCAAGCGUGCUGCCCGUCACCGCGGAAAGGUCAAGUCCUUCCCCAAGGAUGAUGCCAAGAAGCCCGUCCACCUGACGGCCACCAUGGGCUACAAGGCCGGUAUGACCACGAUCGUUCGCGACCUCGACCGUCCCGGUGCCAAGGCCAACAAGAAGGAGGUCGUCGAGGCCGUCUCCAUCAUUGAUACCCCACCUUUGAUCGUUGUUGGUCUUGUGGGCUACAUCGAGACCCCCCGCGGCCUGCGCUCGCUCACCACCGUCUGGGCCGAGCACUUGAGCGACGAGAUCCGCCGCCGCUUCUACAAGAACUGGUACAAGUCCAAGAAGAAGGCCUUCACCAAGUACGCCAAGCAGCACUCCGAGAACUCUGGCGCCUCCAUCACCCGCGAGAUCGAGCGCAUCAAGAAGUACUGCACCGUCGUCCGCGUCCUCGCCCACACCCAGCCCCGCAAGACCCCCAUCAAGCAGAAGAAGGCCCACCUCAUGGAGAUCCAGAUCAACGGUGGCUCCGUCGCCGACAAGGUCGACUUCGGCUACGGUCUGUUCGAGAAGCCCGUCGAGGUUGGCUCCAUCUUCGAGCAGGACGAGAUGAUCGAUGUCAUCGCCGUCACCAAGGGUCACGGAUUCGAGGGUGUCACCGCCCGUUGGGGUACCAAGAAGCUUCCCCGCAAGACUCACAAGGGUCUGCGUAAGGUCGCCUGUAUCGGUGCCUGGCAUCCUUCCCACGUCCAGUGGACUGUCGCCCGUGCCGGUCAGAACGGAUACCACCACCGUACUUCCGUCAACCACAAGGUCUACCGCAUUGGCAAGGCCGGUUCCGACAACAGCGCCUCCACUGAGAUCGAUGUCACCAAGAAGACCAUCACUCCCCUCGGUGGCUUCGUCCGCUACGGUGAGAUCAACAACGACUUCGUCAUGGUCAAGGGCUCCAUUCCCGGUACCAAGAAGCGUGUCAUGACUCUCCGCAAGUCCAUGUUCACCCACACCUCGAGAAAGGCCCUCGAGAAGAUCGACCUCAAGUGGAUCGAUACCUCGUCCGAGUUCGGACACGGUGCCUUCCAGACGCCGGCGGAGAAGAAGCAGUACCAGGGUACCCUCAAGAAGGACCUUGCUGCUCAGUAA